AUGUCCAUCCCCCGCCCUUCCCUCUCCACUUCCUAUGGACGACCACCAUCCCCCACCUUAUCCCACAGAUCACAGUCUACCGUAUCUGUAGCAGCAGACUUCGCAGGCGCACCAUCCCGCAUCAUUAGCAAGAAAGGCCUGCGCGCCAGUUUAGCGGCGUACGAUGAGCUUAUCACCGCAGGAAGAGCAUACCGACUCUCCCUAGCCCAGAUAUCAAAAGCACGGGAAUCGUUUGCACUCGCAAUCGAGCGCUGCGCCCGGCUAAAAGGAGUAUCGGACGAGUCCUCAGGUUUCCUAGCUGCUUCAGGGCUGCACUAUCUCAUCGCCAACCAGGAGCAGGUCCUCGGGGACACGAUGCUGAAGAUGUUCGAGGAACCUUUAGCGCAGGGGCUGGAAGCCUACAGAGUUAAAGUGACCGAUCGACAAAUAACCUAUGACCGGUCUCUCACCGAGCUCUCCCUCCAAAUCCGUGCUACCGAAGCUGCUAACAUCCGACACGGCCUGAAGCGACAACGUGAUCUCACAAGCUUCCGCACAGCCCUCUCUACCCUCCAAGCGCAAGUCGACGCGCUAGACAGGCUCAAAGCGGAGUACUAUACCUCCGUGCUCUCCUUCGAGGAAGAAACAUGGGAUACUGUACUCAGCAGAGUGGGGCACGUCGUCCGCAGCACACUAGACAUCUACGAACGCGUCAGUGCGAAAGGGAGCGACUUAGCACUGGAACCGAUCUUGGCACGCGAUCCGGACCCAUUUAACGCUUAUGGAGAACCGCAGGAAAAUAAGCUGUUUAGCAUCCUCACUCCUUUGGGGAUGAUAUCGCCUUCUCUUACGACGGUGGGUGGGUUUGGCCGAUCGGAAGGCGGGCGUCACGGCGUACCGGGUGGUGAGAGGCAGGCGGAGAUGGAGCCAGAAGCAGAAGGAACACCCGCAAGAGCACCACAGCCCGCAUGGGGGCACCACAGCCCUGCAGACCUAGACCGGCCGCACUGGGGAGAACCGGACUCUCCGCGGGGAUUUUAUCCCCGCCUAUCGGGGUAUUCUGCUAGCUCGGCCAUAGCGGAGGCGGACCCGCAUGCGGUCAGCGGAAAUGGGGUGCCUGGGGAGGCGGAGGGGCAGGGGGAGAGGGAGAGCCCGAGGAGGAAGGAGAAACGCUCGAGGCUGGGAAGGAUUGACGAGCAGUUCGAACGGGGGCGGAAAGGCCCGGAGCUCGCGGAGGCGGGAGAGAGCACAAGUACGCCGACGCCGAUGCCUGCGUCUACGUCCGCACGAGCGACUGGCGUCCCUGGCAGCAGAACACCAGUCAGUGGCGCUGAGCUCGAUGCGCGCGACCAGCUGGUUGGCAAGGGGAUUAGAGAGGGUGCGGAGAGUGCUGAGCCUGAGGGAUCAACAACCACAGAGGCGAUAGCGACUGAGGAUUUAGAUUCACCACAAGCGGCGUCCCCUUCGGCACAGGAAUCAACCACAGUGCCAGAACCACUUCCUUCAACGCGCGACGCUGCAAGACCAGCUACUAAUCCCUAUUUUCCCGAUCUGGACAGUCUGAGGGACGUAGGGGAGUUGGAGGCCGUCCCCGUUGAUGGUAAUCCAAAGCCCGGACGAGGAGCACAGGCACCAGGGGUAGGAGAGGGGGAAGGCGACAAGGCGGUCGAUGCAGGAGAUAAGGCAGAGGAGUUGGGAGAAGAGCGCCUGAUGGAAGAACCUGCCCCUUGGGAAGGGAACGACGCGAGGGCAGACGGCCAAUAAUCGACGGGUUGAGAGGUGAAUGGAUUGCGACUCCUUUUCAUCUGUAUAUAGCUACAAUAUCGGACGCUGCGAUCCCUGUCUCCACCUCCCAUUCGGGCCGGUGCUGAGCUCCUUCCUAUCUAUCCUGUCUUCUGUCUCCUCCUUCUAUUCGGAUUAUGGGGCUUCGGUCGGUCAAUUAUC